AUGGAUACCACCUGUUCCCUCCCAUUUCUCCCCAGCGUCGACCUCACCAACGAGACUUUAGAAUCCGAGGAGAGCCUAACUCGUACUCAGCUGUCGUAUCUGGGAUGCGCUCACUUUACAGCCACCCCAGAGUCGCUGGGCCUUCUCCUCGAAUUCCUGUCGAAAAACAUCUCCAAAAUUGAAUCCUACGUCGACGUUUCCCAGAUUGAAUCCGUCGAUGACGUUCUCUCGAUUUUAAACGCCGGUGCCAAGAAGAUAUUUUGUUUGUCUACGGUAUUCAAAGACUCGGAGUCAUUCGGAGAUCGAGUGGUUCCGAUUCUGCACAAGGGGGACUCUUCGCAGGCAUAUAAAUAUGGAGUCCUGCUCGCUGCCCCGGAUUUGGAACAGGCAGAGGCGGGCUUGAAGAAAUUGGCAACAUGGAAUACUACGCCCAUCUACAUCACAACAGCCUCUACAGACGAAGACGCUAUUAUCGCCCUUGCCAAAGACUACUCAGCCGUGCCUAUUAUUCCUGCCACGAACUUGACAGUUGAGCUAGCUUCCCAGACCAAGAUAUCCAUACCUGCCUUGAUUGCAGGUACAUGGACAUCAGAUAGAGAGGAUAAGCUGGUUCCGACAAUGGUUACGACCGAGGCUGGUAUUGCUCUGGGAUUGGUGUAUAGCGAUCGCCAGAGUGUGGGGCAGUCAUUGAAGAUUGGACAGGGAGUCUACAAGAGCCGAAAGAGAGGUUUGUGGCACAAGGGAGCAACUUCAGGGUCGACGCAGGACUUGGUUCGGAUUUCGUUGGAUUGUGACCAGGAUUGCUUGAGAUUCAUGGUUCGCCAGCAAGGAAGUGGAUUCUGCCACUUGGCUCAGCAAACAUGUUUUGGUGACCUCCGGGGCAUUGCGAAACUGGAGAAGACUUUAGUUUCAAGAAAGGCCUCGGCGCCAGAGGGAUCAUAUACAUCUCGUCUCUUCUCGGAUGAGAAGCUCUUGCGAGCAAAGAUCAUGGAGGAGGCCGAGGAGCUUUGUGAUGCUCAGACCAAGGACGACGUUGCUUUUGAAGCUGCAGACCUGAUCUACUUUGCACUCACAAAGGCUGUUAGUGCUGGUGUCAGUGUUGCUGACAUCGAACGUAACCUCGAUCUCAAGAGCGUAAAAGUCAAGAGAAGACAGGGAGAUGCCAAGGGGAAGUGGGCCGAGAAGGAGGGUAUUACCAACGGUGUCAAACCGGCUGAGGCAAAGGCAAUUCUCAACGAGGCUGCUUCUGUACCCAAGUCGAAAGAUGACCCGGCUGGCCUCGAGAAUGGUCGAAUCUCAAUGAGACGCUUCCAUGCUGCAACAACAUCACCCGAGGACCUCCGAGCUGUUCUGCAACGACCUUCACAGCGAUCCACAGAGACUAUCAUGGGCAUCGUCAACCCGAUUAUCAAGGGCGUUCAAGCAGGCGGAGACAAAGCUCUUCUCGAGUACACUCACAAGUUCGAAAAGGCUACAUCUCUCACCUCUCCAGUUCUCAAGGCUCCAUUCCCACAAGCACUCAUGAAUCUACCAGCCGAGACCAUCGAGGCUAUCGAUAUCUCGUUUGAGAAUAUUCGCAAGUUCCACGCCGCCCAAAAGGAGGACAAGCCACUGCAAGUUGAGACCAUGCCAGGUAUCAUCUGCAGUCGAUUUGCCCGUCCCAUUGAGCGCGUUGGUCUGUACGUGCCUGGAGGAACUGCCGUCUUACCAUCAACUGCACUCAUGCUGGGUGUCCCGGCUAUGGUCGCAGGGUGCAAGACCAUCGUCCUCGCAUCCCCGCCUCGAGCCGAUGGUAGCAUCACCCCUGAAAUCGUCUACGUGGCCCACAAAGUCGGCGCCGAAGCCAUCGUCCUCGCGGGUGGUGCCCAAGCUGUCGCAGCCAUGGCCUAUGGUACCGAAUCUGUACCCAAGGUCGACAAGAUCCUCGGACCAGGAAACCAGUUCGUCACCGCGGCCAAGAUGUUCGUUUCUAACGACACAAACGCAGGUGUUAGUAUUGAUAUGCCAGCCGGUCCAUCCGAAGUGCUGGUCAUCGCCGACAAGGAAGCUAACCCUGCAUUCGUGGCAUCUGACCUCCUCUCUCAAGCUGAGCACGGUGUAGACAGCCAAGUGGUACUUAUUGCCAUUGACCUCUCCGAGAAGGAACUGGCCGCUAUUGAAGAUGAGCUGCACAACCAAGCCAUGGCUCUUCCCCGCGUGGAUCUCGUUCGCGGCGCAAUUGAGCACUCGGUUACAUUGGUGGUGAAGGACAUGAAGGAAGCAAUGGAACUUAGCAACGACUACGCACCUGAGCAUCUCAUCCUGCAAGUCAAGAACGCUCAGAGUGUAGUUGACAUGGUACAAAAUGCCGGAUCUGUCUUCAUCGGCGAGUGGACGCCAGAAAGUGUGGGCGAUUACUCUGCUGGUGUCAAUCACUCUUUGCCAACAUACGGCUACGCAAAGCAGUACUCCGGGGUCAACCUUGGCUCCUUCACUAAGCACAUUACCAGCGCCAACCUCACGGCUCAAGGCCUGCGUAAUGUCGGCGGUGCGGUGAUGCAGCUCGCCAAGGUCGAAGAGUUGGAAGCACACAGGCGUGCAGUAAGUAUUCGAUUGAGGUGGAUGGAUGAGAACAAGAUUUGA